AUGCCCGCCUUUCCAGACGAUGUUCUAUUUGUCAUCGUAAAAGAGCUCAAGCAGCUUCUACGUGAAGACAUUUCCCGCCACGACCGGUACUCAGGACGACAGCCAAAGUUUGCACCAUACGCCGGAGUCAGUCGACAAUGGAAUGCAAUCAUCGAGCGCGAGACUUUCAGACACAUUCGCGUCUCCUCGACGGACCUCCUGCACGAGGGAUGUGGGGGAGAAGCUCCGGACCAGGGUUUGGUCACCACAGCGCGUUUCAAAGAAAUGAUGAAUCGUGACCCAGUUCGACGACGUAAGAUCCUGCGCCAUAUCAACUUUGUUGCCAGUUAUUCAUUCUCUGUUUACUCCACAAUGGGACGAUUGGACGCAGGUCGAACGACGAACGACGAACAUUUCUCGAGAUCCGUCCAUGAAUUCUGGAAGAUGCUGGAGCAUUGGGAACUGCCACUAUCCUUGACGUUCGUGCAAGCUCCCAUCAGUAAGGGUGACUGGAGCAAAGAAUCGCCCGCGUGGCUGAAUCUGGUCGGUGACUCGCUCCCGCGCCUGCGCUCUGUCACCAGUUUCUCGGUGGACGAUGAACUGGUCGUCUGGCCAUCAUCCUUGAUGACCAUAGUCGAGUCUCUGACCCACCUCACCAACGCAAAACUCAUUCUCAAUGAUGAUAUUGAAGACCCCAAGCUCCGCCGCCGCUGGCGUGAAGAUCUCGGCCAUGGCAUCAGCCAGAUCUCCAUUACCUGCCGCGACUUUUACGCCCGUUUAACGGACCGCUCCCAUGGCUUUGAAGAGCAGCCUGCUGUUGCCCCAGGGGGUCCUGACACUUUCUGCAUUAAUUUGCGCACGCUCUCGACACACCUGCGCCACCUCCACCUCGAGCAGGCCCGCAUAUCAGCCGCGCUAUUCUGGCCGGGUGCCGAUGAAAAAAACCAAGCUUCACUGCCAUCAUGGCCACACCUUGAGACGCUCUUGAUCCAGCUUGAGCCCGUCGACUCUUUCGGCCGCUUCUACGCCGACCCCACUCCCGAAGAAGUGGCCUGCAACGCCUCACACAACGAACUCCGCCCCUGGGACCCCAUCUAG